AUCACCGUUAGCUCUGACUAAUCAUAACGGUUGGUGGAUCGUCGCUCUCGCCUAAACAGUUUGGAACCCGUUACGCCGACGAAGCCGGAAUCUGAUUCGCCAUUUCAUAGGUCGGAUAUUCCAGAAUUUUAAUUACCCUCAACAGCAAGUGUUAGACGGAUUAAUCUUGUCACCAUCGUGAGACCAGAGAAGAUAGAAUGGUUGUAUCCACAUUUCUACUUGUCAUUAUUGGUGUGACUACAACAACAUAUGCAGUGGUUACAAAUGUUGCUCAAGGCAAGUCAGCAUAUCAGUCUACAACAUUAGGCACUUAUGUGGCUUCAAAAGGUGUAGAUGGAAACACUGAUAGCGACAUGAUGAAUGGCCGUUGCUUCCAUACUAAGUCAGCAGCCGAGAACUGGUGGUACGUCGACUUGGGGCAAAUCUACGGAACGAUUAGGCUAAUAGAAGUGUUUAGCAGAACAGACUGUUGUGCUGAACGAAACCAAAAGAUUGCAGUACAGAUCGGCACUUCUUUGGAUAACAUGCAACAAGUAAAGUACUGGUCUAGUCAGAUCUGGGACUAUGAAUCGGUCGUUUUCCCUCAGAAUCAAGCAGUGCGAUAUGUUAAACUUGUUCACACUGCAAACACUUAUUUUCACCUUUGUGAAAUUAAAGUAUAUUCACAGACAUGAAUUGCCUGACGGAACAAACACAUAUACAUCGGUGACCAUACAUGGUUAUGAAAAUGAAAUCAUUUACAGUAUAUGUGUAUGUGAACAUUAUUGCCUUCAAUAAAACAUUGAAUUCUA